AUGGGUUUCAACUGUGAUCUUAUUGACAAGUCAGCCACUUGUGAAGCUGGACACCAUGAGUUUUGGAAUGAAAUGGAUGUUGGAACGUCCGAGGGUCCCUUGUUUACUAAGUUGGAGUGCGUAAUGGAUAUUAGCAAGGAAUGGAGUUAUGAGAAGAGGUUGAUGGUUGAGUCUUUUGAGAAAUAUCCUUGGGGUCGAUUUGCAAUUGAGUCUCUAGUUAGUUCCGUGAAGAUUAUUGACUACAAAAAAAACUCAUAUGGGAUUCAUGGAUGUGUCUAUGCCUUGUGGAUUUGGAUUUACGAGAGUAUGCCUGGAUUGAGAGAAAUUUAUGGAUUUAGAAGAGCAACAACUAAUGGUGUUGCACUACUUGAUUGGAGAUCAAGUCGCGCACGUAUCAAAUUUAAGAAAUUCAUUGAAACUGAGAAGGUUGCCCAUGAAGAGGUCAGGCAUAUGCUUCCUGAUUCUUUGGAAAACAUGUACCCUAAAUGGAGUGACUUGCCUGAGAAUCAAGAUAUGACGCUUGACAACUUGAUUAGAGAUAUCAUACACAACCGUUUAAGAAACAAUGCGUGGAAACAUGAAAAGAAUGGUAAUGAGUCAACGCCUAUUGAUGAUGAAAGAGCAGAGCUUAGUAAGAGACUUGCAGCUGUGGAGAAUGAUUUGAAAGCUUUGAAAGAGUCUCAUCCCGCUGAUGUAUCCAUUAAUGAUGUCACAUCCAACAACAAAGGAGAUGAUGCCACAUUCAACAACGAUAAAGAAGAUGAGACACCCAAUAAAGAACUUGAACUACAAUUAAAAAUUAAAGAUGCAACAAAGGGUAAGAAGAAGAAAGUUGCAAUCAUGCCUAAAAAAGCAUCUAAGAUACCUAAGAAGAAGAUGGCCAAGGUAAAGGAAAUGAAGGUAUCAACUCCAAAAGUUUUAAAGAAGACAAUGAGGAGAGAUGACGACUAUGUUGGUGAUGUAACUGAAAAAGUUGUAGCAGAUACUUUGAAAAUGGCUUGCAGUUUUGAAGAUACAUUCUCUAAUCCUCAUGUACAGCGGGCUAGUGAAGCAAUGGCUAUCGUGUUGUCGUCAAUUGAAGACCAAAUUAAAAAUUUGAAUGAUGGGAAAUCCACAGUGAAGCGCAUUAUCACGGAUGGAGCACCAUCCCCUUCCAUACCCGAGCAUCUUCAACCAGUUUCAGAUGAGAAACUUCAUAGUCUCAUGGAUUGGCUAGGCUUGAUGAUUUUGAUAAGAAAGAUGAAGAAUGACUACAACAAACACUAUUCGUCUGAUUUUAAAACCUACAACUGGACCGGCUAUUAUGUGAAUCACCUCAACGGUACAAGUCAUACAGACGCAGCGACAAACAAUAAGUGGUUCACUAAUGUAGAUCACCUUUACGGUUGUCUCUUUGUCAAUGAAAAUCAUUGGGUGGCUUUGGAUUUUAACUUGAAGACAAACAGGAUCUACGUUUACGACAGCAUUCCCACACCUGUUGAGGAAUUAGAAAUGGUUCAACAGUGCAUGUUUUUAAGGAAGAUAAUCCCAACUAUGUUGUCUGAAUAUAUUCUAGAAAAGGACCAUAAGAAGAGCUACGCAAUGUUGGAGGUGAAGAGGGUUACAAAGAAGAACCCAGUGAAUGACGAUCGAGGUGAUUGUGCAAUAUAUGCGAUAAAAUACAUUGAAUGUUUGGCACUUGGAAAGUCAUUCGACGGAUUGUGUGAUAGAAACAUGCAGGCCUUAUGGAUCAAUCUUGGUGUAGAGAUGUUUGAUGAAUUAGGAGAGUUUGUCGGAACACUUAACUGUGAGACUCGUCAGAAAGAAUUCGAGAUUCCUCGCCUUAAUGAUUCGUAG